GUCAUUGAUCAACAAACUUUUCCUCCCUUCCCGUCACAUUGGCAGACCAUUGAAGCAUACUCUUUUUAACCUCUCGUUUUCAAUAACUAAUUGAAGUUAAGCUAUAGAUGUCAGGCAUCUGCCUUGUUUCGCGGCCCCUACUGUUACCCAGGCGGCAUUUCAGCUCCUGCACUGUCGCGCGUUCACGCGAUUUCCCCGUGUUGUGGAGUCCUACCUCCGCAGCCCCCGACAAUACUCUCGCUCUACAUGUCGGUCCGCUUGAUUUUGGAAUGUCCGUCAUAGAGAAUCUGCCUCGUUUUCGCCAUCUCCAACACAUUCAAUUCGAAAAAUAUACAAUGGCACAGUUUGAUGACCGACGGAUAACAGAUGCGUUAUCUCGAUGUCCAAUUAAAACUGCAUCAUUUACUUCAUCGACAUUUCGUAACCGACGCCAUCUUUAUUCAUUUCUAUGCCAUUUCCCGAUGCUGGAGGAGCUGUCCUGCGCUGAUCUGCAUUUCAAGGCGAAGACUCGGCCACGUGAAGCACGCGAAGCAGUUCAACGGAUUGGACCAUCGCUUCGGAAGGUCACAAUUGAUAAUGGUGAUGACCUGUGGCAUGCAGCAUUAGACGGGUCAAGUUUUGGUCCUAUCGAUAAGCUGCAAAAAGUUACUAUCAUGGACGUCAAACUUGACGACCUUGCCAAGGUUGAUCAAUUCCUUCGGAGAACAAAAAACAGCCUGGAAGAGUUUUCUAUGAGGCAUUUGCAUAUCUUGGGUCAUGCGCGCGGCACGCAUAUGCGUUGGAAAGCCUUGCGUGAACCUUUCGUGCUCUCACAUCUAAGGAGGCUCUGUGUCGACAUUCACGGCAAGGAAAAAAACACAGGACUUCCAGCAACCGAGAUCGUGUUGAAAUGGUGGCUGUCCAUGCUGCAGGAUGCGGCUAAAAAGGAUGAAGCUCUCCGUCUCGAGAACCUCACGAUCACUGUGGGGGUUGCCCGUUCGGUAAACUAUAUCCAGCGCGCCGGAGGAUCCUUAUGGCAGGAACUUGAUCGUUGCCUCACACAAAAUCAAUUUUCUUCGUUCAAAUCCCUCCGCGUCGUUAUCAAAGUGUUUUCGCCAUUACUGCCGCAAAGAGGUGAAUCCCGGAGGCAGAUGAUAUUGGAUAAUUGUCCUCGAUUACAGGAGAAGGGGAUGAUUGAUGUCGUGGUUCAAUCUGUGGAGUUACCACAAGAGUCCGUCGAAUAGGGAGGGUUUUUUGUACUAUGACAUGAAUUUUUAUCCGUCUUAAAACUAGCAUUCUGGACAUAGCUCUGGAGGGUGUCACAAUACACUUGUUGACCGUCCUAGGAAUUGGGUGUACCCCUCAAAACAAUGUGAGAAGGAUAUUCAUGGCUCCUGCCGG